CCUAGCGUUGCAUUAUUGUGAAAAGGGAAACCGGAAACCGGCAUGUUUUCCUGUUUUAUCCACUUUUUUUUCUUCUGUUUUUAACCAUUGGUUGACUUUAGUAGAGGCUGCGAACUGCUGCGUGGGUUACAACGGAGGCUCUUCUCAUCACUCCUUGAAGUUAUGGUGAGGACAGAGUGAGAAGAAAGCCCCGGUGGUUCUUCUGCACACCUUCCCCAUGGAUUCCAACAACGAUGAAGCACUCGACAUCAUUGUUACAAAUGUGGUGGCGACCUUCAGGACCAGGUGUCACCUCAACCUGCGCAAAAUUGCUUUAGAGGGAACCAAUGUCAUCUACAAGCCUGAAGUAGGGAAAGUGCUGAUGAAACUCCGGAAACCCACCAUAACCGCUUCAAUUUGGUCCUCGGGGAAAAUAAUCUGCACUGGAGCAACAAGUGAGGACGAGGCAAAGUUGGGCGCUCGCAGGUUAGCCCGCUGUCUGCAGAAACUCGGCUUUAAGGUGAGGUUCUCGGCUUUCAAAGUCGUGAACGUGCUGGCGGUGUGCUCCAUGCCGUUUGCAGUGCAUCUUGUAAACUUUACAAAUAACAACCGGCCCAUUGCCAGUUAUGAACCUGAGCUCCAUCCCGCGGCUACGUAUCGAAUCAAACAUCUGAAGGCUACAGUCCAAGUGUUUUCUACUGGCAGCCUCACGGUGACAGGACCAAACGUGCAGAACGUGGCGACAGCAGUGGAGCACAUCUACCCACUACUAUACGAGUGUCAAAAGCCUCGUAAAUAAAGCAAAACCGCAGGAGUGAGGGAGUCCAUGCGAGAACGUGAGGGUGUUCAGGAAGCACCUCGUCCUGGGACGGACGUGGCGACAGCGACAUGUAUCGGAACCUCCUGACAGACUGGUGUUGGAUCUCAAAAUCGUAUUUACCCCCCGUUGUUGUUGUUGUUGGAAGGAGAAACUUGCUUUGGGUUCUUUUUGCAUGGGCACAGAAAAAAGGCUCGACAGUGUUGAUCAUAGCAAAAGUCCUCCUUACGUGUUUUCUUAAUAAGAACUUCCGUCCACUUGUAGACAGAGAUAAGAUAUCCACCCAUACUGUACCUUUUUUUUUAACAGAUACAGACCUCCGUUAGGAAUGUACACAAAUCUUGAUGAGAUCCCAAAAGGCCUCACUCCUGAUUUGGUUUUCCUUUUUAACGUUUGGUUAUCCGCCCGUUGUUCAAUCAAAAUGAACAGAUGUUGUUACUUUGUGUCCUUUCCUAAAUAGUUUUACUCUCUUGCUAAACUUGUAGAUAUUUAUUCUCACAUGACGGAUAGUGUACUAGUGUAAACUAUCACCCACAUGUUUGUUUGUUUUUUAAAUGUGAAUUUUAUCGCAGGUUCUCACAACACUUGAGUGUUCGGAAACCGAUUCGAUUUCACUUGGUUCGUUAACGUUCAGAGCUAUCUUUUUAUUGUCCCGAAAUAAAGAAGUUGCCAAAAGGCUCUCAGCAGCAGUUGAUUUGAAAUGGUGCGUAACUCUUUAAGAAAAAUAGACAGAACCCUGUAGAGAGUUUUAACACGGGGCCCCUCUAGACCAGGAAGCAGUGCUUUCAUGGUUGCGUAACAGCCGAGCACUCUGUUUAAGCUUUGCACCACCGAGGCAACUUAUAUUGUACAUAAAUAACCUAAGUAUCUCCUAAAGAUGUUGGAAUAAAACCUGCUUUUUAUGUGUGACUGAGUACUUUCUGAACCGGUGGCGAGUAAAUACUUGUGACACUUAAACUUUUUGUAUUCUGUAUAAAAAUAAAAAGGCCAUUAAACAGCA